AUGUCAGCCCCUCAUCUCCGCCACGAAGCUCUCUCUCUCUGGGAAACCAACGCCCCGCUCUGGAACUCAGGCAUUGGCGAGCACGGCAAUAAAUACUGGAAACGCCUCCAAGAGCCCUCCCUCCGACGCCUCCUCGGUCCCAGCCUCAGCAAACCGGGCUGCGCUGCCCUGGAGCUGGCGACGGGAAACGGCCUUUGCGCGCGCUGGCUCGCAGACAAUGGCGCCGCGAGCGUCAUCGCUACGGACGGCACUUUCAACAUGUUGGAAGAGGCCAAAAGCUUUCUAGAUGCAGAAAGGGCCGGCAAGAUUAGCUUUCGGAAGCUGGACGUGACGGAUGCGAAUGACUUUGUGCCCCUCGUGGAAAAAGCGGCAGAGAUUGGCGGUUUCGACAUUGUCCUCAUGAACAUGGCUAUUAUGGAUGUCGCCACUCUUGAUCCCCUCGCAGAUGCAUUGCUAAAGCUGCUCAAGAAAGAUGGCGUCUUCGUUGCCACCCUCCUCCAUCCAGCCUUCUUCACCUCUACCCAUUCACGCAACCUCGACAUCAAAAUCAAUCCUCGCACAGGCGAUCAGGAAAUCCUUCUUAGCAAAGUCGUGCACGAAUACUUACACGUCGAACCUUGCAAAGGCGUUUUCGUUGUUGGGCAAGAAACGCCGCAGUUUUACUUUCACCGUCCUUUGCAUGAGCUUUUCGGCGUCUUUUUCCAAAGGGGCUUGGUCAUGGACGCUCUUGAGGAGCCGAGUUUCACUAAGGAAGACGUCGUUCCUGAAAGACUGUACGCGACGGCAAAUUUUACGCAGUUUCCAGCUUUGAUGACAUUUCGAUGCAAAAAGAUGUUCUAA